AGAGAAAGUACUCAUCCACAAGAUCUCCCUCUCCCCACCUUCCUCCCUCUCUCUCUCUCCAAAAUCUCUCUCUGAAAAAGAAUUUCAGAGACCCCACUCACAUAACACCUACAUACAUAGAUUUUUCACGAUUUGGAGCGUGGUUUUUCAGAGCUUUCCUUCCUGCAGUCAGACAUAUACUAGUAUAGUUCUCUCUAAAUAUAAUCUAUAUCUAUAUCUAUAUAUAUAUAUAUCAUCAAUUGUGGCUACCACUAGGAGACUGCCCUCAGAUUCUGGUGCUUUUGCAGACUGGGUGGCUUCUUCCUCCGCUGGCCGCCCCGCUGAGGAUCUCUCCUUAGGCUUCAAUGUCAGUCCCACCGCCACCGGUGGCGGAAAUGGACCCACCGCCGGCGGAGGAGGGGGAGGAAUGUGGUCCUCUUCCUCCAGACCUGUCAAUUACGGCCUCCCGGCGGAGAUGGGUAUGUUGGGUCUCCGAGAUGUCUUUCUGGUGGCGCCGCAGUCUUCCUUCCACCACAACGAACCCAUCAUCUCCGAUCCUCACGCAAUCAACGCCUCCAACGCCGCCACCGCCCUGGGCGUCGGCAUCAUCCCGCUCCUCACCGCCGCGCCUUGCCUCGCGCCUCCCAACAUGGGUGUGGACGACGAUGACAUGAAUAGCAAUCGGAACAAUCGGAGUGGUGGAAAUGGAAUUCAGUUCUGGCAAAACCAACCCUACUCUCAUCAGCACUCCAAUUAUAUGAAAAAACCCAUGAUUCUUGAUCACUCUACUCCGGCCAAUUUGCUGCAGAGCGGUGGCGGUGGCGGCAGCAGUGGUGGUGGGAUUGGUGGGUCGUCGGCGUCGUCUAUGACGACGACGUGUCAGGACUGUGGGAACCAGGCCAAGAAGGAUUGUACACAUCGUAGGUGUAGGACUUGUUGCAAGAGUAGAGGUUUUGAUUGUGCCACUCACGUGAAGAGCACGUGGGUUCCGGCAGCUCGCCGCCGCGAACGGCAGCUCAUGGCUGCCACCACUGCCGCAGCUGGAUCGUCCGGGUCUACUUCCGGUGCUAAGAAACCAAGACUUGUCACUUCACAAACCACCACAACUUCACACAAUUCUACUUCCAACACCACUCCUCCAAGAAGCUUUGAUACUAGUUCUAGUCAUCAAGAUGCUAGUUUUAAAGAGGCAUUGCCAGGCCAAGUACGAGCGCCGGCUGUGUUCAAGUGUGUCCGAGUCACCGCCGUGGAUGACGGUGGUGAAGAUGAGUAUGCAUAUCAGGCGGUGGUGAAGAUCGGUGGCCAUGUCUUCAAGGGGUUCCUCUAUGAUCAGGGGGUUGAAACUAGAGAUGGGUUUCCUAACCUAUCUGAGCUACAUUUGGGUGGUGGUAGUAGUGGUGGUGGUGGUGGUGGGGCUAGGAAUGGAGCUUCGUCGUCUCCGAUUCUUGACCCGUCUGAUGUUUAUGCCGCCUCCGGUGGUGGGCUUCUUGGAGGCUCAAGCUAUGGUAACCCAAUAAAUUGAUAAUUCCUUUUUUGAGUCUUAAGGCCAUGUAGAUGGAUGCUAAGACUCAGAAGAAUUAUUGUCAUUGUAGUCUAAUUUUCUCUUAUAUCAAAUCUGCUAAUUAUUGAUAGGGCUUGAGUGAAAUUUUCAUGUAGAAGUUUAUCUUAUUAACAUAAAUCUUCUUUUAUAUUCCAUAUGUUUUUGCAUC